UAGCGGGUUUGCGAGCUAGGAGGGGAGGAUAUCGUAGGGGAAGGAGAGGUUCGCUGACAGAAACACAAAGGGAUAUUUGGAGCUGCAACCAUGGGCAUCAAACUAUACUACACCACCGUCACCGCUUCAAGGGAGGUGAAGUCCCAGCAGGCUGAGGUAAUGCGCAUUCUGGAGAGCAAGAGCAUCCAGUAUGAGCUGAUUGACAUCUCUGUGGGCGGGGCCGUGCGGGAGGAGAUGAGGAGUAAGGCGGGGAACCCCUCGGCGGUGCCUCCCCAGAUUUUCAACGAUGACCUGUACUGCGGGGACUACCAGAUGUUCUCUGAGGCCGUGGAGGAGGACACAGUGGAGAAGUUUCUGAAGAUGGCAUGAGGGUCUCCCCGCGGAGGUCUGCCUGCGCACUCCCCCCAGCUGAAGGCAACGCCCGGCACCCUCCUCCCUGUGUCUCAACGACAGAAAAAAAAUGCCAAAAACAAGACGCCCUCACCCUUUCCCUGUCCUCUCAGUCCUCUGUUCCGUCAAUAUUACAGUAUUUCUGCUUUGGUUCAUUACACCUGCUUGGGUUGGGGUCCAUUCCAGUUUGAAGGAUUGAAAAUCCUACAGUAAAUGGCCAAUUCCAGUUCAAGUACUGGAAAUGAUUCCUGUAAUUGGAAUGUCUGUUAGAUUAAAACAAGAGCACAGUGAGUAACAAAUGGAAUGAACCCCAAUCACUUUGUUUUUUUUUUCCCUUAUUUUUUAUCUGGUCCUUCCUCUACCUGUGUGUAAAUGUCACAAAUUUGUCUUAAUCCCAUCUGGAUCAAUGGUAAAGCUAGCUAGUGUGGCAGUUAGGGUCACUAAUCUUCGCAGGGAUUGCAAGCCUGCCUGUGUUUAAACUAAUCCCUGGUUUUCCUAAGAGGAAAUCUAUUCCACUGCUGAAGGACCAAACAAAUGGAAGCGUGUGCGUCAGCAUUCCGUGUUCCGCGGGACCCUUCCACAGUGCUUGGCUUGGCUAUGCGGAAUUUUUCUUGACAUCAGACAUGUCAUGUUUUCCGAGGGGGUGGAACCCCAUAGCACUUAUUUGAAGGAUGCUAGGAGAUAUUGCAGUCCAGGAGUGAGGGAACUUCCAGGGUAUCUUAUUGCAGAACAUUUAUUUCGGCUCCUAAAACUGUUACACAGAACAAACAAUUUUGUUGGACGUUUUGCACCUCAGUCUAGGAGCAGGUGAGGUCAGUUAUUGUGGUGUUUCCUGAUGUUUGCGGUCAUACAUUCUCAAUCUAAAGUCUUACGGUGUUAAACUUGCUUCCUUGAGCAGGGGAAGGCAGAGUGAGGGGGGGAGAGAUCGCAUUUCUGUGCCAACAAAUAUCAUCUGUGGAAAUGUUUUCUUGCUGAACAUAGCCAUUUUCUGUCACCUCAAAAAAAGUUAACUCUUUCCAUGUGUCCAAGAAAUCUGUGCUGUAUUUGAAUAUUACCCUGAGUCAGCUUUUGGAGUCAGCUUUUUGCUUUACAAUGAACUUUGUUUUAAUAAAAUAUUUGAAAAGUAGCACUUAUCAGAAUUACUUAGAACAGUUUUUUCCGCACCAGAUGGAGAAGACAGGCUUACAAUAUUAGCUUCCUUCUUCAGUUCUGUAAUCUCUUUGCAGUUGAGACUGUAUAUAUCCUGGUGUAUUUACAUGUCUGCAUGUGUAAUUAAGGGUGGGUAUCUCCUUCAUCUCAUUAUACAGUGAUGCAGUAAAUAUGACUAUGCACUAAAACCUUGCAGCAUUUUAAAGUUUUAUCCCAUGUAAAGCUCCAGCAGAAAGUUUGAUCUUGUUUGUGUACUUUUUGUGUUGGCUUCAAAAUAAGAGUCCCUACCAUGUUGUACAGCUUUCCAACAUACAUCUCCUAAGAGAUAACCCCACUUAAAGGCAUCCCUUACCAAUUCCAGCCACAAUCCUUUUCUCUAUUACCACCUGCUCUAGUUCUCAAAAUUAUCCCAGUUGAUGUGUGCAAACCUUGUUAAUACAUUUCAGAAACGUUAGAUAUACAGUGUUAUCUGUUCUUCUAACAGUAUAUCAUGAUGGCCAAAGCCUUCCUGUGUGACACAAAAGUACGUGCCCCUCUUUUCCACUGUAGAGCUGGAAGCAGGCUAAAAUGAGUAAUGCACCAGGCUAGCAUGAACUGGAGCCAACGCUUGCCGAUACAGCAUGUCUGCUUUUUCACUGCAUCUCCCACAGCCAUAGGAAAAUUACACAGAAUGCUGGUGUGCCCCCAGAUUCAGACGACAGCCUGUGCUUCGUCUGGAUUGUAAGGCUAAAGUAAAUACCGUCAUGCUACUUCAGUCUUCCUCCGGCAGAUUCUGCUAUCAGUGAUAACGGUGCGCUCUGGUCUGCCUUCCAAAGCUCACCUCCUCAGCUUGAAGUGCGGACUCCGGCUGAAACAAUGGAGCCGCACCGCUUGCAGACCCACAGCUUCCCUGUAAGUAGGCCAGCACCAGUAAUUCUAGCACACUGAGCUGACCCAGGUCAGCACAACAUAAAAGAUUGUGGAGAAGCGCUCAGGAACUGAACCGAGGAGACCCAGACUGGUUCCUGCCCUGCAGUGGAAAAGCAGUAUUGCUGUCCUUUCAUGCUGCGGUACACAAAUGGGUUAACUUGAAGCACAAAAUACUGAGCUGGUCUUUUGAUCUGUCUGAAUUUGCAUUCCUUUAACGUGCAUAGCUCAUUUGGAUUUGGAUCAGGUCCCAGACAUAUUAAAGCUUUUUCAGCUGUAUAGAAAGGGACUCUUGUUUGGUCCGUGUGGUUCAACGGUUUUGACUAACUGGUUCCCCUCCCUUGACACCUUCCUCCCCAUAAAUGACCAAGCAUUGUGACAUUCCACCACUCUUCCCAAUAUACUGCUUUGCUUUUUGGACCAGCGCCCUUUUUGGCCAAAAGAA